GCUGGCUUGAGCCGGCUCGAGCCUUUGGGCUCCGAUAAAAUGCUGCCGUGUGAACGUAGCAAUUAUCUCUUAAUGUGCUCGCGUUGAUUGUGACGUCGUAAAUGGCAUACCGAAAUGAAUAGAUAUGAAUACUAAUCGGUGACUAAUGCUAGUAGUAAAUCGGAUACAGGGCGUGGUUCGUAAUUUGCCAUAUACUUGCAGGCAUUCAAUCUGGUGUACAGUUUCUAACAAUGAGUGGAAGUGAGAAGAUGGAAAAUCAACGCGAUCAAACUCACACUGGAAACAUGAUUAUAAUCGGAUUCUUUGUGUUCACUAUCUCAAUUAUUGCUGUAACAAUUAGUAUAAUUUUUGCAGUUGACAUCAAAGGAGGCAUAUAUAGAGAUACUUCGCAUUGUUCACAGAAUAAGAUAAUCAUACGAAUGCCUUGGAAUCUACACAAUGGAGGUAUAGAUGCGCAAGACGCAAAUUCAAGCUCAGUGACGGGUAUGACGUCAGAGGAGGUUUUUUCCGAAGAAUUAACUACCGGGCCCACCACUUUAGAAUCAGAAAUAUGGACUGACGAGUUUCAGACAACUGUCACCACCGAGCAGACUGCGAAAUUGACAUCUGAAGUGUUAACCACGACAGAUAAACAGACUGACGAAUAUACUACCCAAGAAAUCCAAGCUGGGUCUGAGCGCAAUAUCAGUUUAUUCAAUCCUGAAACGUGUCAUUUGUAUUUUGGAAUUGAUGAUAUAUUUAGCAAGGAUUUAACGUGUGACCACAGAACACCGUGUAACCCAUGCAGUCGACAUUACUGUUGUUCUAACUAUGGUUGGUGCGAUCAAAGUUCUCUCCAUUGUGGCUGCAGUACCUGUGUCAAUUAUCGAGAGGUCUAUGGUAUUUGUCCGUGUCAGUUUGAAUGUUUUGCGUGUGGAUCAAUUUGAAUAUUUGAAUAUUGAAUAAAGGAUCGUCUGGACAGGAGAUGUUUUUUGACAAAUGUAUGUGUCAAGAUCUGGGAUGGUAUAUGUUAUCAUUUGACAGUCAGUCAUUGGCAACACUGUAUGUUGUCAAAACUUGACAAGACUAUUAAAAAAAAGAAUGCGACAAUACAAAAUUAUAUCACAUUUUCGUCACAGUUACCUGAAAUACAUGAG